AUGUCCUCGCGGGCGCGGCUGGGUGCGGCGGCCCAGGCGCGGGCUGUGCGGGGCGCCCGGCUGCGGGCCCGCGCCGCGGGGAGCGCCGUCCAAUCAGCGCGCGCCUGCCGCCUGGCCCCGCGCGCGGCCCGGCCGGGUUCGCGCCGCCCGAGCGGCUUCCGGGCGCGUUGCCUGGACGCGGUUGCCGUGGCAGCCCGAGCUGGAGGCUUUCCCCGCGCGCCCGCGCCCAGCCCGGCGGCGCCGCCCCUCCUCCCUCCGCGUUCCCACACCCAAAAUAGCCUCUCCGCGUCGCUGCCCCCCCCCCCCCCCCCGAGCUGCCAGCCCAGCCGCGCGGAGUUGGCGGGCGGGGAUUUCGCUCAUCGGGAAAUAAAUCCCGCGGUGGGGCUGGACGACUUGGAGGGAUUGGAGGGAGGGGUGGUGACACGGCGCCGGCGGAGGAUGCCCGCCUCGGUGCUUGCCCUGCGACUCUCUCCGGGGCCCCCGCGCCCCUCGCUCCCCGCCACCCCCUGCAGACCGGGGAGCAGCUCUCUGAUGGGGCCACCGUCUGGGGACGCCCCACCUGUGCAGAAUCUAUGCUUAGCUCCAACACACAACGGUAAAGAAGAGGAAGACACGGCUCUCUGCACUCCUAGAGCUUACAGCUUGACACGCAAUUAUUUGUUUUGAAUCCUGAGAAGACAAAAUUUAGUUCGCAAUGAUUUGAGUCUAUCCACGUUUUUUCCACUAUUUUUGUAGGCUAAAUUUCAAAAUCUAUCCAGAAUCAUUGAUCGUGACUUAUUACAGGAAAUGGAUUUUUUUGUAUUACUUUAACUAAAAAGCUCUGAUGUAUCACAAAUUACUUUAUACUGGCAAAGAUUACUAAAAAUAGUUUCAUCAAAGAGAACAAUUUUAUAAAGUAGGUGGCU